AGAACAUCAGAAGUACCAGCAGUCCACCUGUAAGCCAAGCCUGAGAAUACAACUACACAGGAUCUUCAUUUCAAGAAACUUUGCUGCCCAAUUACACCCUCACUGAACUGAAGAGAAGAAGAUCUACAGGUAUGGACAACAGACUGAUCUUCGCUGUCCUGUUAGUGACGCUGUCCUGGAUAUCUGUGGGCUAUGCUCAAAUUACGACAACCGAGGCCCCUACGACGACGAUAACCACCGCGGCACCAGCUACGACAACUACCGCGGCCGGAGCGCCGACAAGUACCGGAGCGACGACAACUACCGCGGCCGCGGCCGGAGCGACGACAAGUACCGGAGCGACGACAACUACCGCGGCCGCGGCCGGAGCGACGACAAGUACCGGAGCGACGACAACUACCGCGGCCGCGGCCGGAGCCCCAACGGCAACAACAACCGCGGCCGGAGCGCCGACAACUACCGCGGCCGCGGCCGGAGCGACGACAAGUACCGCGGCCGCGGCCGGAGCGACGACAACAACCGCAGCCCCAACGGCAACAACAACCGCGGCCCCAACGGCAACAACAACAGCUCCCCCACUGACGCCCAACACCACAGUGACUACCCUUCAGACACCUCUUAAUAGGACAGGAUGUGGGGCCCAACAGCUCUGCGCGGCUCGGCCCUCUAACUGCGACCCCUCCUCUGGAUCUUGUUUCUUUCUUUCUGCUCAGCAGCAGAGUGGUCAAAACUUUAUGUUGGGGCUUUCAGGACAGUCAGCAGGCUACAUCGCUGCCUCCCUGGCACCUGACACCACACUGGCAGGUAACGUCACAACCUACGUCUGUGCUAAGAACGGCAGUGCUGUUCAAUUCUUCAGCACUUUUCUCAACAACGGCACACUGAUUGCAACAACGCUGAACGUGAACUCUGUGAAGGGCAGGAUCGAAGGAACCACAAUCCAGUGUACAUUUGCUGCCACCGUACCAACCCCAACUACUAAAGCAACAAAUUUAGCACUCGUAAUCUCCAAUGGAACUUUCGACAGCACGAAUGGAGUUCUGGGAAAGCCUGCCCUUCAAUUCAAGAGUGGUCUUGUAGACCUGUCAAACCCUAACUCCACUGUCAACAAUCUGCUUCCAUCUUCCGCUACCGCUGGCAUUGCACUGCAGCAAUCACUGAUGCAAGCUCUGCUGAUCACUGUUGGUGUGCUGGGCCUGACCAUCCUCUGAGGAAACUGAGUGAAGACAAGAAUAUUAUGAUCAUCCUUACUUUUGUAUCAACUCACUCCAGGUGAAGGAGGAGUGGUGGAGGGUGGUGACUAUUGUACAGCCUUCAGACUGCUUUCACAUUAGUCAUAGGCUCUGAAAUAAACAAGCAAAGUCAUGUUUUGUUUUGAUUGAAAUGUUACGUGUAAUACAUUUGUGUUUGUUUUGUAACCAUGGCACUGCUUGGUUUCUGUCCUACAAGUUACUUAAUUGCAGGCAAGUACAUUGACUCUGUGUCCAGGGUGUAAAAUCAAUAUUUGAAUGGCUAGAAUGGUGUACAAAUCAGAGGCACUUUUGCAGUUAGAAGCAUUAAGAGAAAUCAAUGUACCAAAUCAAUUCAACCAGUGCCUGGCUUUCAUCUGUAGUUGGCAUGCUUUAUACAAAUGUUGUGUUUGGAGUCUAUUUACGUUUUAAUAGUUCAGGAACUAAAGAAGAACCUUUUAUUAACCAUGCUAUUAUUUUAGACUCAGAGUAGGUAGAUGGGCCCUUAUGAAGGAUGAUAAUUAUUUACCUUGUGUGUGUCACUACAUAUUUACAUUUAUGUGUUAUGUUUUCUGACAAGACAAGAUCCGCAAAGAAACAAUGUUUUUGUCCUCUCCUGUCACUCAUAAUGAUGCCAGCAAAUGGCAGACGUGUGUUUUUUCAUUAUUGCAUUAUGAUGUCAUUGUCUUUGGUGUGAAUAUAUUGUUGGUGAUUCAACAAUGUUUUUACAAUGAAGCCUUCACUGGCUGAUA